AUGACGAUGUCCACUGCCUCGGGUUAUUUAGGAGCCUUUGCUCUCAUCCAAGUGCCCCCAUUGUCUGAGCCGCAUUAUCACCUGGACUUUCAGAUGACUAAGCUGAGGGGUAAUGAUGAUGACGACGGUGACUGGGGUGCACGGGGCACCUUCUCCAGCGGGAGCCGAGCUGGGCUCUCCACUCCCCUCUCCACACGUGGUCCCCGCAGCGGCUCUUCUGAGUUUCCUCCAUGGGUGAGGGGCUCUCCAAGCGGUCUGCUCACCGGGACCUCAGCGUCUCUUCUUGGAAAUCUUGGCGACGACCUGAAUAAUGUUGUGAACAAGCUGAAACCUGCUGUUGAGAAAGGACUUGAGACCGUUAAAAAUACACUUGAAUCUGUCGUUCAGAAACUGACCGCCGACUUGGGGAAGCUUCAGGAAUCCAAGGCUUGGCUCCCGGCCAAGGAGAAGGUACAGGAAAUGAAGAACUUGGUGAACGAUGUUCUUUCUGAGAUCUCUCCAGCUAAGGAUGACACUUUGGGGUUGAACAUCAUUAACUCCCACAUCCUGAAAGUCAAAGUUGAACUGACUCCUGAUGGCAAAGGUGUUAACAUAAGGGUCCCCAUCGUCGCUAAUGUCACCCUAGCCCUGCCUGUCAUUGGCCAGGUGGUCGACCUGAAGGCCUCUUUGGACCUCUUGACUGAUGUCAGAGUUGCAACCGAUGCCCAGACUGGCGCCCCCAGAGUGAUCAUAGGAAAAUGCAGCAGUGACCCAGACAGCAUCUCACUCACCGUGCUGGACAGCCACAAUACUCUGAUGGAGAAGGCCGUGAACACCGUGAGCAACUUCCUGACAAAGACCGUGUCCCGCCUGGGAGAGAAGGAUGUGUGCCCACUGAUCCACACCUUACUUUCCACCCUGGAUGCGAAUAUUGUUCAGGACAUCAUUGGUAAGUCACAGCCUGGGGACGGGGGUGCUUUCCCUCUGCAGCCUUCCAAGGGCAGGCAUGCACCCUGUGCCCACCCCACAGCAGGUGUGGUCAGGGGACCCUGGAGAAGCAGGAAGACCCAGCAUCUGAGCAAGUUGGGAGAAUAUGACAGGACUGAGGGCGUUCUGUGGGCCUCUGUGAGUUCUCUACCAUCAUCCUUCUUUAAAUCCACAGAACCUGCCUGGCAGAACGAUGUGAGAAAGAAGAUGGGCCAGAUCUGGGUUCAAAUCCUGGCUCUGCUAUUUAGCAACCAUGGGGCCUUAUUCAAGUGGCUCUGCCUGUCUGAGCCACAGUUUCCUCCUGGAUGA